ACCACAACCCGAGGACAGUAAAAGUGUAACACCUGACAGGUACGAAGACAGCAGCGGGAAGGUGCACAUGGAAGGAAAAGGAGGUGGGUGAGCGGAUGUCCCUUUUUUGUCCCGUGUGUCACAUCAGUUCCUUCGCCACUGAGCAGCGUCGAGUCACUUUUACGAUUCCUUGUGCGCGAGAUGGUGUUCCGAAGGUCAGUGUGAUGUGCAGCAGCAGGACCACAGCAAUGGACUGUCUGGUUGGCCGGGCAAACACAGCUGAUCGGAUGCAUCUUCGUGCACGUCUUCUGUUUCUAUAGCGAAGCUCGGAUUCCUUGCGAAAUGAAGCCCUCAAAAGGAUUCCCUUACGGGGGUUUGACAAAGAUAAUGGUAGUAGCUAUGAUGGGAGUUGGUUGCUACAAAUGCCCGACAUACAAGCGACUAGGGAUCGCGCUGGGCACGAUGGCUCUGCUGCUCGUCUGUCAACUGGUCUUCGGGAUCUCGAGCCUUCGGCAGUUCUCCCCAUGGCACAUCAACCCUCGGAAUGUCGUGACGCCAGGCGCCGAGACCGGCAGCGCGAGGCCGCGGUACGUCGAUGCCGCAAACUCAUCUGCUGCACGCCACACGGAUGCGGCUGCCGUUGUUGUCAGCAGCUGCAGCAACGAGAACUCCUCAAAUGCUUCUUCUCGCUUGGUGUGCACGCUGCAGAGAAUGCUGACCAACAUGACCGGCGAGUUGGGGUACCUGCGCGAUGAGGAUGUCUUGAGGUUGGAAAGAGUAUUGAUCGAGUCCCUCAGCGCCCUCUGGGUAACCACCAGCAGCAGCAGCAGCAGCAGCAGCAGCAGCAGCAGCAGCAGCAGCAGCGGCAGAGCUGAAAUCUCACUAGGCGUGUUCGGAGGGAGCGAAGCUGUUGCUCAAAAUAAAAAGAUAACGGAGAAGGUCAAGGAUGAAGUACCAAACAUGGACCGAUUUAUCUCCCUUGGCACGAGUAGACAACCACAGCAGACGUCAUCACUCUGGUCAUCACUUUGUCCGGAUAGUCGUUCUUUGCAGCUUGGACCUCGACCAGCCAACCAGUCUGUACAAAACCCAAUCCAUCUCGAAAAAUUGUUUUCCUUUAUGAAGAUGGGUGGCAGCUACAGUCCUCCUCACUGCCAGGCUCGGCAGAAGACAGCGGUCAUCAUUCCGUAUCGCAACCGCUGGGAUCAUUUACACGUGCUGUUGUACAAUCUCAUACCUUUCCUCGUUCGACAGAUGAUUGAGUUUACAAUCUUCGUGAUUGAAUUGGCACUGCCAACUGACUUCAACAAGGCUAUGUUGCUAAAUGUUGGUGUUCUGGAAUCCCUGAAGUUAGACAACUAUACGUGUUUUAUCUUCCAAGAUGUCGAUCUUAUUCCACUGGAUGAGCGUAACGUUUAUCAGUGUGGCGCACAUCCACGCCAUCUAGCGGUCGCCAUCAACAAGUUCCAUUUCAGUUUGCCAUACGAGGGUUAUUUCGGAGGAGUAUCAGCCAUGUCGCGGGAACAGCUGGAGAAAGUCAACGGCAACUCAAACCUUUACUUUGGUUGGGGAGGCGAAGAUGAUGACCUGUACUUCAGAAUAAAGUCACGUGGGAUGCUCGUAGCCCGGUAUCCUGAGAUAAUCGGCCGUUACGAGAUGAUUUCUCACGACCGAGACAUAGGCAACAGUGAGAACAACAAAAGAUGGGAUCUUCUGAAAGGUGCCACAAGCCGCAUGCCCAUUGACGGGCUGAACAGCGCUCACUACCGUGUCGAGCAGGUGGCCUAUAAAACCUUAUACACCUGGAUCACUGUCAGUGUUAAUAUGACAGAAGUUCUUGAGGGGAGCGGCGUCUGAAUUCACAGCAGUAGAACUGACUCAUCUCAACACUAAAAAGACUAAAGACUAAUUGGAAACUCAUCCAAACAUGUGCUGACGAUUGUCUCUCUGUCUGUGAAGAUGUGGGUGUGCCUGUGCAUCAGCCUCAACUAUCCUUUCCCCCUCCACCCACCCCAAGAAUAUGCUACACAGUAGGACUGUUAAAAAGUGAGCCAAGACAAAAUCAACCUUUCUGAUACAUCCAAGAAGGAAAAAAAAAUGAAGAGAAAAAGUCUAAAAGACUCUACCUUAGUAAAGAAAAUGCCCAUGUGCCAACUUAAAAUGACAGAGUUGGUUAUUUUCUCGUAUUUGUCUAGACUGCAUGUACUCACUUUGACAUAUCUGCAUGCAUAUAAACCUGUUUCAGCUUCCGCUUGUUAAACGUUCAGAUCACUUCAUAUUUGUUAAUAUACAUGCUGAUUAUGGACUGAUACCUGUAUGUGCUUGCAUUGAAGUGGGUUAGUCGGAGACAAGUUAGCGACGUCGAGUGUGCUUGGGGAUAGGGAUACAUUGUCUUAUUUUAAUUUCUUUAUAGUUAUCUCAGAAGUGAGUCUUAGUACCGACAUCAUCUGUUGCAAUUUUGGUCAUUUAAGCACUUGUGAUUUGGCUAACAAUUUGUUGCCAUUAGUUUCAAAAAGGUUGGAAGUCCCUCUUGCAGAAUGAGUACAGAAAGGUACAGAAAAAAACCAGCGCUGAAUUUUCAGCAUGGCUGCUUAUACUAACUAAAACAAAAAUAAUUUUUGACGACGACUUAUCAACAGCCUGUGAAAUAUAAUACGAUAGGUGGGGUUUUUCAUUAAUCUUUGUGUAGUGAGUGGUGAGCUGGAGGACUGCACUUAUCUUGCCAGUACAAACGAAUUAAACUUGUUAUUACUCAAUGUACGUCCAAUAGAGAAAUAUUUGGACAUUUAAUUUUUAAUUUGUUUUAAGAAAAUUCGACAGGUACUUUGGUUGGUGUCUAUGUACAUUUAUUUUUAUCUACACCUAAGAAGACAUUUUCAUGUAAAGUAAUUUUUUCUAGCACAUUAAAUACUGUCACUUUUUCAGGCCUGUCUUUACAAAGUCCCUGACAUCAAUGCAGGCUGCAGUUUUCAGUAAAUGGAGGAUAUGGAGUAAGAGGUUAACUCUACUAGGCAGAGAUGGAAUUGUUUAGAAAAGUUCAUUCCCUUAGACCGAGCAAUGGUCGCAACACAUUCCUUGCGUUGUCCUGACUUGCUACGAAUUUUUUAGAAGACAGACAAAAAGAACACAAAUAAAAGUUCACUCAUGUA